AUGAAUUUGCUUGUUCAGGACAAGGACCGGAUUGCUGAAGCAGAAGUGAACUGCAUUCAUGAAGCCCAACAGACCGCUCGCCUGCUUCACAACGUAGUAGACGAGCAGAGCUUGGUUCAUGAUUUUCCAUGGUGGCAAAUGAUCUCCUGCUUGAUUUGCGCCAGCUCCAUCCUGUUUGUCGCGGAAAGUUUCUGCAGCAGUAACAGCUCUUUUGGUCACAGGAGCUCGGCUCGGAGUAUGCGGGAAGAUGCAGAAACAUGUCUCAAAGUAUUCAAAGCUCUCAGCGUGAACUCUGCUGCGGCGCACAAGGCAGCCAAUAUGUUGGAAGGUCUUUCACAAAUUCGUCGGUCAAACGAAGAAGCGGGCUCAGCAAAUACCCCGUCUGUUUUGCAGCCUGCCUCAUGUUUGCCCAGCAACGAAUUGGCACAUCCCAACCCCCACCUUCCGGUGGAAUUGGCCCCGUUCUUCCCAUCACCUCAACUACCGGCCGACAUCCCAUCCUUAUGCGAGUGGCCAAGCGAGAUUUCAAACGCCAUGGAGUGGUCGGUUCGAUUUCUGGAUUACCCUCACUUUACGCAACCUGGGCCCCCCGUCUCGACGGAAUGA